UCUAGGUGGGAGGUGCACAAGCAUCAAGACUCUGGGGCUCUCUGUAAGUUGAGCUAGAGGAAAUUCGUGAAUGGAAAAAUCUUGCUUGACAUCUUGCUGUGAGUGGGCAGUUGCUUUUGCUUCUGGAAUACGAGCAGAAGCAACCCAGGGACAUUUGAGGCAGAGACAGCCCAGGACUACAUGAUAAACCUUCCUGAGAUUGACAGCGUAACCCAACCACACUGGCCGGGUAACUGGGUUUUGCCCUCCCAGCAGCAGAAGAGUCUGCUGCUCUUCCUGAAGGGGCAGCCCCAGGUCUUAGGGGUGGCUCAGAUCCUGAUUGGGCUGACAAUGCUGUGCCUGGGUGUGACAAUCAGUUUGCCUCCAAAUGACUGUGAACUUCUAUUUUGCUUUACCACUAAAAUAGGCUAUCACCUAUGGGGACCCUUCUCUUUCUUCAUAUCGGGAGCGUUGUCCAUUGCUGCUGGAAGGAAAGUAACCAAGGGUUUGAUCCAAGGCAGCCUGGGAAUGAAUGCAGUCAGUGCCACUGUAGCAGCCAUAGGCGUAGGUGUGAUACUUCUUGAAGAAAUAGUUAUAUAUUACGGAAUGAUGUGGAAUUCUCCCUAUGCAAUAGCAGUUACAGGCAUGCUAACUGGAAUGUUGCUCUUGUCUCUGGCGGAAGGCUGUGUUGCUUUGUCCCUCUGCAUAUUUGUGUGCAGGGCAGCCUGUUCUGUCAACAAGGUGGUGGUUUUCUUACCAAAUAACGACAACAUCCCCUCUCCUGACCAUAUAUAUGAUGAGGUCGCAUUUCAAUAGAUCCCUGGGGUGUGGCAUUUCCAAUCAUUUUGACCUAUUUAAUCUCCCUCAGUUGGCUGUUUACCACAUGAGACUAAGACUGAGAAUACAUCUGUCUGACAGUUCUUAGGUUUAUAUACUUGGAAUCUUGUGGUGACAGAACACAGUAUAAUAAAGGCUUCUUUUAUUUGC